AAAAAUACUAAACGGGCUGAACAAACAUCUUAGUGAUUGUCAACCCCUCUGCAAAUAAUUAUUUUUAUUAUUUUGUUUAUGUUUAAUAUAAAAAAAUACACGUUGAAAACUUGAUGAAAAUGUAAAAUGCAAUAGCUGAGCGCUUCCCACAAAAGCAAAACGCGUAAGUGAGAGUUGCUUCCUCAGCGAUAACGCCAUAUUUUCGCAGCAGACGAAAGUGAAAAGCUGGGAAAACAGAAUAGAGAAAAUAGCAGUGCAUUAUUUUCCCAUAUCUGUGUCAGAAAUCAGAUUUUCCAAAACCGACUGUGUGCGUGCGACAAAAUGUCGGAAAUAUCAAAAACGGAAAAGCAACACGCACAACAACAACAGCAACAGAGCAACAUUAGCAUCUAUGGCAAUCAAAUGAACGUCAUACCCAAUUACACCUUGAGCGGAAUGAGCUCCUUUGAUGCCGAAUCGCUGCCAGAUUACUCAGAAUUUGAUUCCGAAUCGGUUACUUUGGACUAUUACAAGGAAAGUGUACUACGUCCAGAAGCGGACAAAAUGGCGCCGACAACGACAAUUGAAACUAUAACAAUCACAAGGCCCCUCAAGGUGAUUGCAUUUAUAUGCGGAGUCAUAGUGGUGGUAUUGAUGAUCAUGGCAUUGGCCUCGACAGAUUGGCUAAUGGCUGCCGGCUGGCGACAGGGCCUAUUUGUGCAUUGUAUUGAGGAUGAUUCAAUGCCGCCGCUGCCGUUCAAUAUACAAGAUCCGCCAGGCUGCUAUUGGACGCGCGAUAUUGGAUACAUCAAGGCAACCGCUGCGCUUUGUAUUAUCACAUUGAUAACGGACGUCAUAGCCACAGUGCUGACUGGACUGGGCCUUAAGUCGCAGAAUCAUAAUCUUAAAUAUAAAUUUUAUAGAAUAGCAGUGCUAGUAAUGCUCGUUUCAUUAUUGGCCGUGCUGUCCGCUCUGAUUGUCUAUCCCGUGUGCUUUGCAGGCGAACUCACAAUGGCGAAUCGACGCGUUUGGGAGUUUGGCUGGGCCUAUGGCGUUGGCUGGGGCGCAGCAAUUUUCUUGUUUGGCGCCGUGGUUCUGUUGCUCUGCGACAAAGAAUCUGAGGAGAUCUACUAUAAGGAGAGAAAAAUUGUACAUGAAAACCAAAUGCGCGCCUAGGCAAGGCCGCACGACCUGCCUGACGUCGUUCUUUAGACAUAAGCAUCUAGCAACCAAUACAUACACACUCACACACACUCACACACUCACAGACGUAUACAAAUUUCAAUUUGACUCAAGACUCAAAAACAAAGAACUCGAUCAAAAUAGUAAUUUUCGUCAAAGAACUUUAGUUAGACUUCUGAUUACGUCCAUCAUAAACCAAUUUAAGCCAAAAAUGAAACCAGAACGACUUGACUUUCUUCUCCCCAUAGUACUGGGUGUUAGUUAAAUAAGACUUGUUUAUUAAUUAUUUUAUUUUUUUCUUCAUAAGUUUCCCCAUACUACCGAAAGGUAGUUUUCCAAAACACACAUACACAUACGCCGCAUCUGACAUAUAAUGAAAUAUAUAUACACCAAAUCGUGUCCAAUCUAUCUACCUACCUACCUAUAUAACAACAUAAUGAUAUAUGUAUAAUUGCAAUUUGUGUCAGCGAGUUUUACAAAAUUGUAAUUUUUAGUCUGCUCUUUGGCAUAAAUGUGACGAAAGCACAACAAAAUUGUACUAAAUGUACACAUAUUAAGCAUAUAUUGAAAAAAAAAGAAAACUAUUCAGCUGCAUACCAGUCGUAUACCUAGAAAAUUAUCAUAGAAAUUCAUAGUCGUUUACACAUGUAAUCCUUCCAGAUAUGUAUGUAUGUAAUCUUACUAUAAUCGAUCCAUACUCCCAAAACGAAACAAAUAUUUCGACAAUACUACAUCGAAACAAAAUGUAUGUGAACUUUAUUUCAAGCAAUUAUCCACAAGCAAACAGUUUAAUAAGGCGUUUGACAAACUGAUUACGUAUUUUUUCAUUUAAAUUUUGAUUCAUAUUAAAUGAGUUUGUUUCACUUGUAUUGUGUUGUGUGUCAGUGCUCCCCAAAUACCCAAUGUACUCGAAUAUACAUAUUUUUGUAUUUUAGCCACUCACCUUUUGUAUAAUACUUAAACCGUCCCGUCUACCACUCAGUUCACUUUUUGAAUAUUUUCUUAAGUUAAUAUCGUAUAUGCAAUAUUUUUAACACAAUUAAUUUGGCAGCUUGUUUUUUAAAGCACAAUUGUAAACGCAGCUUAAUUUAUUUUUACAUUUUAAUUUAUAAUUGUACAUUUGAAUUGUGUUUUAUGCUAUACUUACAUAUCAAAUCCAAUUAAAUAUAAUAAACAUGUUUCUGACAACUUUUGUUAAAGUA